CUCUCCCGCCUGUUGCUCCGGGACUCCGCGGUGGAUUGCUUCUGCCUGCCCUCCGGUGUGUUGUCGCCGUUACCGACUGCAGCUUCUUUCUCUCCGCCGACGUUUUCCCGCGCUGUUUGAUCACCAGCCGACCGGCGGACAACCGACCGACCUCCCCGCGGGAUAAACGCACGCAGAGCCCGGCAGGAAGCCAUGUCCACCGCCCUGGAGAGCUACAUCAACCGUACUGUUGCCAUCGUUACCUCCGACGGGAGGAUGAUUGUGGGCACUCUGAAGGGCUUCGAUCAGACCAUCAACCUGAUCCUGGACGAGAGCCACGAGCGGGUGUUCAGCUCCAGUCAGGGGGUGGAGCAGGUGGUGCUGGGACUCUACAUCGUCAGGGGAGACAACGUGGCGGUGAUCGGGGAGAUCGAUGAGGAGACAGACUCCACUCUGGAUUUAGGAAACAUCAGAGCUGAACCGCUCAACUCUGUCGUCCACUGACCUCCGACCCCGACCCCCCCCCCACCGCUCUGUGUUUCCAUGGCGACAGACGACAGCCCGACUUCUUCCUCCAACAAACUCCUGAUGUGACAUUUUUCUGUUUGUAUUUUUUUUAUAAAUAAAGAUUUGUUAGAGUUGUUAGAUUCA